UUUGAGUUGUGUUUCGCGACGGUUGGUGAUCUUACAAGUGCUCCGAACACGAACAGUGCCCGCGGUCUCUCGGUUUUGGAUUUUUAAUUUUUGGCUCUGCAUCUGUAUCUGUAUCUGUAUCUCGAUCGGUCUCAAACUGCCUGCAUCCGUGAACCUCUCUCUGUUUCCACCUUUCGGGCGUAAGCGAGUGUGUGUGUUUGUGAGCAAGAGUGCUAAGCUUUUUGCUCACACGUCUAACAACGGGGUUGCCAAAGUGUGCGUGUGCUGGGGCCUUAACUUGAACUAUGGUUCGCCUGUUCGUGUGCGUCUAAUAAAUAUAUAUAUUUAAAAAUAAGUAUUUCGACAUUCCCCGUCGUGGAAAUUAUGUGACACACCAGUCCACAAAUCCCAACAACCACGUCCCAUUUCUACGCAACGACACAUUAUUAAAAAGCCAUCCGAGUGCCAAAAGCAACGAAGCGAGCAAUAAUUGUGAUUAAUAACAACGAAACAAACGAAUACCGACCGCAAAUUAGCCACAUAAGGCCAGUCAAAUAGCUAUAGUCCAGCCAGGUGCAUUAUUCACGGCUUCCAAACAGUGAUUACCUCAUCUUUGCCAGCGCUCCGCCAGCAAAAUGGUAUCAAAAAGCAAUAAAAAGAAACAAGUGUCUCAGCAGCAACCGUCGACGUCGCAGUCGCAGUCGCAGUUGUCUCAAUCUCAGCCGCCAGCAACAUCGACCACAACAUCAACGUCGUCGGCGGAGGCCACGAAGCUCACCAAAAAUCUGGGUCCCGAUGCGUUUGCCACUCUGAGCACCAGCAAGAGCUCCAGUUCCAUGCAGCACGAAUCGGUGACGUACGGUGAGCCUGUGGCCAGCACUUCGGGUGCUUCGCUACCGGCGGCAGGAGUCAGGAGCUACAGCAGCCGUAGCCAGAGCAAGAGCAAGGCCUCCCAGUCGCAUUCCUCAUACACAGAGCAAUCUCAGUCCCAGCUGCAAUCGGAACAGUACAGCAGCAAGAUCUCCCAGGAUUAUGCCAAUCAGAAGAUCAUCUCAUCGAUUGAUCUGCUCGAAAGUGAGAAGAAAGAGCCAGUAUUCUCGGUGCCCAUCGAAGUGGUGGAGAUCGUAACACCCACGCUAUCCGUCUCCGCCAGCGGGGGCAGUGUCUCGAAAAUGUUCACGUCCUCGUCGCAGCAGCAGGCUAGCAGCUCCAGCUCGUACUUCCAAGCCACAACCAGUUCCAGCCGGAGCGCCAACGAAACGCUGAUUGCGAGCGAGAGCGCCGAUACGGCUACCGGUAUGACAUCAUCCGGGCCGAGGAAACAGGUUGGCUUCGAUACAGACACCAAGAGAGUGACAAACACCAGCAGCAGCAGCAACAUCAGCAGCAGCAUGAGCACAAACACAAACACUAACAUCAACACGAACACAAACACAAACGUCAAAAUCAGCAGCAGCAGCAAUGUGAGCGAAUCUCAGAGCGUGCCAAAGCUGCCAGCGAGCGGAACAGCUGAUGCUCCCACAUCGGUGACGUUGCAAGGCUACCCCGAACCGGUUGCCGCGUCGUCUGGCGCGACCACAACAAAGGCGACGUCAUCGACGCGACGCAACGAUAAACUGGAAGUGGCCAGCACAGACACAGCUGUUGAUAGAGCUACGUCAUCGUCUAGGUCCAGCAAAGAGGUCAGUGAGAGUUCCAUACUCAAAAGCUCGAGCAGCAGCAAACAAUCGAAGACUUCGUCCAAGAAGGAGGUGUACGAUGUGAAGACCAAGACCUGGACGGAGUACAGCGAUGGCAGCUCCCAAGGACCCAGCAAGUCUCGGCCGACCUUCGAGCGGUAUGUCAGCAAGGACACCGACGGCAGCUCCAAAGUAACGUACAAGAAGAAGAUAUACGACAAACGCAACAAUCGGUGGCGCGUGGUGGACGAACGGACGGUGGACAGUACCGCCGACACCGGCUAUCCCGAAAUAGUCGAUGAUGUCAUUAACACAACAAGAACCACAUACACCACCAAGGUGUACGACACGAAGCUCGGCAAGUGGACUGUGGUGGACGAGAAGUCGUUCACUGAUACGAAAGCUUUCGUGCCCAAUGACAUUGCUCGUGAAAUCGAGAAAGAUAAUACCGAUGUUGCAAACAUAACGACUACAACGGAGGUAACAAAGAUUUUCGAUGCAAGCAUCAACGAUUGGCGUGUUUUGGACGAGAAGGUGCACACAGAUGUCAUUGAGAAGAUCGUAGAGGCUCCCAAAAAGACCAUUUACGUAGACGAAUUUGUGGAGAUUGAGAAGAACACCUCGAUAUCGGAGAACAAUGAGAACAUAACCCUGAACCUAAAAGAGACAUCGAAACACAAAAAUAUUACCGAAAAUAUUUAUGAUGAAAUCGAUUAUGUGCGCACUGAUAAGCAACGCCUAGACGACUCAAGAACCCGAGGAGUUGCAAGAAACAAGUCAACAACACAUAGUGAAAGAUGCAUAUGUGAAAUCUGCACAUGCGGGCGACAUCAUUGCUCAAGCAGUACAACGAAAUCCUCUGAAAAAACCAUUGUUCAAACCGAUGAUAACGUCGACGAAGCAUAUACUAGGAUACGUACUAAUACAUGGUCGAAAGAAGAUCGUAAAAACAUUCCCAAGCCAAACGAAGACAUUCUUGUGGACUACAUAGUCAUAAAAAAACCAGAAGACAAUUUAAGACCAGAAGGAGACUUUAUAAUUCCACCGAAAGAACCAUAUAAGCCGGGAGAAAAACGAGAAAAAAUUGUGCAUACCGAUAACCUUCGCACAGAGGGAGAAAUGACUUUCGUAGAGAGAGAAGAAUAUCAAUACACUGUACGUCCUGGAUAUGUAAAGCCCACAGAUAACCUUAAGCCCGAAGGCGAGUUUUAUAGUCCAGAAAAACCUAAAUACCAACCGGGAGAUCGACCUACUCAGGUUCGACACCAAGACAACCUUAAACCAGAAGGCGAAUUUUACACUCCCGAGAAACCGGGAUACACCCCAGCCGAUCGCCCACAGCAAAAGAAACCAGUGGAUAACCUUAAGCCGGAGGGAGAAUUUACUUCUCCGGAAAAACCAACAUACAGACCUGCCGAAAAAACUGAAAAAAUAAUACGAAGUGAUAACUUGCGGACUGAAGGCGAAAUGACAUUUGUGGAAAGAGAGGAAUAUCAAUUUGUGAGACGGCCGGGACAAGUCAAGCCAACAGAUAACUUACGGCCAGAGGGUGAAUUUUACAGUCCUGAAAAACCAAAAUAUGCUCCAGGCGAUCGUCCAUCUCAAGUUCGUCCUGUUGACAAUCUUAAGCCCGAAGGCGAUUUCUAUGCUCCUGAACAACCCGGUUUUAGACCAGCAGAGAGGCCAGUUCAAACGAAACCCAAGGACAAUCUUAAACCAGAAGGGGAAUUCGUUAAGCCUGAGAAACAAGUUUACAAACCUGCCGAUAGAACUGAAAGAAUUAUUCGAACAGAUAAUCUUCGCACGGAAGGCGAAAUGUCUUUUGUUGAGAGGGAGGAAUAUCAGUAUGUGGUGCGUCCUGACCAAGUAAAACCAUCAGACAAUUUAAAACCAGAAGGAGAAUUCUACAGCCCUGAAAAACCGAAGUAUAGGCCAGGCGAAAGGCCUUCUCAGGUAAGGCCGGAGGACAAUCUUAGACCAGAGGGUGAGUUCUACACACCGGAGAAGCCAGGGUUCAGGCCCGCUGAGAGACCUGUGCAGAAGAAGCCGGAGGACAACCUGAAACCCGAGGGAGAUUUCUACAGCCCUGAGAAAACCAAGUACAGGCCUGGCGAAAGGCCUUCUCAGGUAAGGCCGGAGGACAAUCUUAGACCAGAGGGUGAGUUCUACACACCGGAGAAGCCAGGAUUUAGGCCCGCUGAGAGACCCGUGCAAAAGAAGCCGGAGGACAAUCUGAAACCCGAGGGAGAAUUCUACAGCCCCGAGAAACCGAAAUACAAGCCAGGUGAAAGACCAUCUCAAGUAAGGCCAGAGGACAAUCUUAGACCAGAGGGUGAAUUCUACACACCGGAGAAGCCAGGAUUUAGGCCCGCUGAGAGACCCGUGCAAAAGAAGCCGGAGGACAAUCUGAAACCCGAGGGAGAUUUCUACAGCCCUGAGAAAACCAAGUACAGGCCAGGCGAAAGGCCUUCUCAAGUAAGGCCGGAGGACAAUCUUAGACCAGAGGGUGAGUUCUAUACACCGGAUAAGCCAGGAUUUAGGCCCGCUGAGAGACCCGUGCAAAAGAAGCCAGAGGACAAUCUAAAACCCGAGGGAGAAUUCUAUAGCCCCGAGAAACCGAAGUACAAGCCAGGUGAAAGACCUUCUCAAGUAAGGCCAGAGGACAAUCUCAGACCAGAGGGUGAAUUCUACACACCGGAGAAGCCAGGAUUUAGGCCCGCUGAAAGACCCGUACAAAAGAAGACAGAGGACAAUCUGAAACCCGAGGGAGAAUUCUACAGCCCUGAGAAAUCGAAGUACAAGCCAGGUGACAGACCUUCUCAAGUCAGGCCAGAGGACAAUCUCAGACCAGAGGGUGAGUUCUACACACCUGAGAAGCCAGGAUUCAGACCCGCUGAGAGACCCGUCCAGAAGAAGCCUCAGGACAACCUUAAGCCCGAAGGCGAGUUUGUUAAGCCCGAGAAGCAAGUUUACAAACCUGCCGAGAAAACUGAACGAAUUAUUCGAAAGGAUAAUCUUCGCUCGGAAGGCGAAAUGACGUUUGUUGAAAGGGAAGAAUAUCAAUAUGUGGUGCGACCUGACCAAGUAAAGCCAUCAGACAAUCUAAAACCGGAAGGUGAAUUUUACAGCCCUGAGAAACCGAAGUACAAGCCAGGUGAAAGACCUUCUCAAGUCAGACCAGAGGACAAUCUCAGACCGGAGGGUGAGUUCUACACACCUGAAAAGCCAGGAUUUAGGCCUGCUGAGAGACCCGUGCAGAAAAAGCCCCAGGACAACCUUAGGCCCGAAGGCGAAUUUGUACAGCCUGAGAAACAAGUUUACAAGCCGGCCGAGAAAACUGAACGAAUAAUUCGAAAGGAUAACCUUCGCUCGGAGGGCGAAAUGACGUUUGUUGAAAGGGAAGAAUAUCAAUAUGUGGUGCGACCUGACCAAGUAAGACCAUCAGACAAUCUAAAACCGGAAGGAGAAUUCUACAGUCCCGAGAAACCGAAGUACAAACCAGGUGAAAGACCUUCUCAAGUAAGGCCCGAGGACAAUCUCAGACCGGAAGGUGAGUUCUACACACCGGAGAAGCCAGGUUUUAGGCCCGCUGAGAGACCCGUCCAGAAGAAGCCCCAGGACAACCUUAAGCCCGAAGGCGAGUUUGUAAAGCCUGAGAAACAAGUUUACAAACCUGCCGAGAAAACUGAACGAAUUAUUCGAAAGGAUAACCUUCGCUCGGAGGGCGAAAUGACGUUUGUUGAAAGGGAAGAAUAUCAAUAUGUGGUGCGACCUGACCAAGUAAAACCAUCAGACAAUCUAAAACCGGAAGGAGAAUUCUACAGCCCCGAGAAACCGAAGUACAAGCCAGGUGAAAGACCAUCUCAAGUAAGGCCAGAGGACAACCUCAGACCAGAGGGUGAGUUCUACACACCGGAGAAGCCAGGAUUCAGGCCAGCUGAGAGACCUGUGCAGAAGAAGCCGGAGGAUAAUCUGAAACCAGAGGGAGAAUUCUACAGCCCCGAAAAACCGAAAUACAAGCCGGGUGAAAGACCAUCUCAAGUAAGGCCAGAGGACAAUCUCAGACCAGAGGGUGAAUUUUACACACCGGAGAAGCCAGGAUUUAGGCCCGCUGAGAGACCCUUGCAAAAGAAACCAGAGGACAAUCUGAAACCCGAGGGAGAAUUCUACAGCCCUGAGAAACCGAAGUACAAGCCAGGUGAGAGACCUUCUCAAGUCAGGCCAGAGGACAAUCUCAGACCAGAGGGUGAGUUCUACACACCUGAGAAGCCAGGAUUCAGGCCAGCUGAGAGACCUGUGCAGAAGAAGCCGGAGGAUAACCUGAAACCCGAGGGAGAAUUCUACAGCCCGGAGAAACCGAAGUACAAGCCAGGUGAAAGACCUUCUCAAGUAAGGCCAGAGGACAAUCUAAGACCGGAAGGUGAAUUCUACGCACCGGAGAAGCCAGGAUUUAGGCCUGCUGAGAGACCCGUCCAGAAGAAGCCCCAGGACAACCUUAAGCCUGAAGGGGAAUUUGUAAAGCCUGAGAAACAAGUUUACAAACCUGCCGAGAAAACUGAAAGAAUUAUUCGAAAGGAUAACCUGCGCUCGGAAGGCGAAAUGACGUUUGUUCAAAGGGAAGAAUAUCAAUAUGUGGUGCGACCUGACCAAGUUAAACCAACAGACAAUCUAAAACCGGAAGGAGAAUUCUACAGCCCCGAGAAACCGAAGUACAAACCAGGUGAAAGACCUUCUCAAGUCAGACCAGAGGACAAUCUAAGACCAGAGGGUGAAUUCUACACACCUGAGAAGCCAGGAUUCAGGCCUGCUGAGAGACCUGUACAGAAGAAGCCGGAGGAUAAUCUGAAACCCGAGGGAGAAUUCUACAGCCCCGAGAAACCGAAGUACAAACCAGGUGAAAGACCUUCUCAAGUAAGGCCAGAGGACAAUCUCAGACCGGAAGGUGAGUUCUACACACCGGAGAAGCCAGGAUUUAGGCCCGCUGAGAGACCCGUGCAAAAGAAGCCAGAGGACAAUCUGAAACCCGAGGGAGAAUUCUACAGCCCCGAGAAACCGAAAUACAAGCCAGGUGAAAGACCUUCUCAAGUAAGGCCGGAGGACAAUCUCAGACCAGAGGGUGAGUUCUACACACCGGAGAAGCCAGGUUUUAGGCCCGCUGAGAGACCCGUCCAGAAGAAGCCCCAGGACAACCUUAAGCCCGAAGGCGAGUUUGUUAAGCCCGAGAAACAAGUUUACAAACCUGCCGAGAAAACUGAACGAAUUAUUCGAAAGGAUAAUCUUCGCUCCGAGGGCGAAAUGACGUUUGUUGAAAGGGAAGAAUAUCAAUAUGUGGUGCGACCUGACCAAGUAAAGCCAUCAGACAAUCUAAAACCGGAAGGAGAAUUCUACAGCCCCGAGAAACCGAUGUACAAACCAGGUGAAAGACCUUCUCAAGUAAGGCCAGAGGACAAUCUCAGACCGGAAGGUGAGUUUUACACACCGGAGAAGCCUGGAUUUAGGCCCGCUGAGAGACCCGUACAAAAGAAGCCAGAGGACAAUCUGAAACCCGAGGGAAAAUUCUACAGCCCGGAGAAACCGAAGUACAAGCCAGGUGAAAGACCUUCUCAAGUAAGGCCAGAGGACAAUCUCAGACCAGAGGGUGAAUUCUACACACCGGAGAAGCCAGGUUUUAGGCCCGCCGAGAGACCCGUCCAGAAGAAGCCCCAGGACAACCUUAAGCCCGAAGGCGAGUUUGUUAAGCCCGAGAAACAAGUUUACAAACCUGCCGAGAAAACUGAACGAAUUAUUCGAAAGGAUAAUCUUCGCUCCGAGGGCGAAAUGACGUUUGUUGAAAGGGAAGAAUAUCAAUAUGUGGUGCGACCUGACCAAGUAAAGCCAUCAGACAAUCUAAGACCGGAAGGAGAAUUCUACAGCCCCGAGAAACCGAAGUACAAACCAGGUGAAAGACCUUCUCAAGUAAGGCCCGAGGACAAUCUCAGACCGGAAGGUGAGUUCUACACACCGGAGAAGCCAGGAUUUAGGCCCGCUGAGAGACCCGUGCAAAAGAAGCCAGAGGACAAUCUGAAACCCGAGGGAGAAUUCUACAGCCCUGAGAAACCGAAGUACAAGCCAGGUGAAAGACCUUCUCAAGUCAGGCCAGAGGACAAUCUCAGACCAGAGGGUGAGUUCUACACACCGGAGAAGCCAGGAUUUAGGCCUGCUGAGAGACCCGUCCAGAAGAAGCCCCAGGACAACCUUAAGCCUGAAGGCGAAUUUGUAAAGCCUGAGAAACAAGUUUACAAACCUGCCGAGAAAACUGAACGAAUUAUUCGAAAGGAUAACCUUCGCUCGGAGGGCGAAAUGACGUUUGUUGAAAGGGAAGAAUAUCAAUAUGUGGUGCGACCUGACCAAGUAAAACCGUCGGACAAUCUAAAACCGGAAGGAGAAUUCUACAGCCCCGAGAAACCGAAGUACAAACCAGGUGAAAGACCUUCUCAAGUAAGGCCCGAGGACAAUCUCAGACCUGAAGGUGAAUUCUACACACCGGAGAAGCCUGGAUUUAGGCCCGCUGAGAGACCCGUGCAAAAGAGGCCAGAGGACAAUCUGAAACCCGAGGGAGAAUUCUACAGCCCCGAGAAACCGAAAUACAAGCCAGGUGAAAGACCGUCUCAAGUAAGGCCAGAGGACAAUCUCAGACCAGAGGGUGAAUUCUACACACCGGAGAAGCCAGGAUUUAGGCCCGCUGAAAGACCCGUGCAAAAGAAGCCGGAGGACAAUCUGAAACCCGAGGGAGAGUUCUACAGCCCUGAGAAACCGAAGUACAAGCCAGGUGAGAGACCUUCUCAAGUAAGGCCAGAGGACAAUCUCAGACCAGAGGGUGAGUUCUACACACCGGAGAAGCCAGGAUUUAGACCUGCUGAGAGACCCGUCCAGAAGAAGCCCCAGGACAACCUUAAGCCUGAAGGCGAAUUUGUAAAGCCUGAGAAACAAGUUUACAAACCUGCCGAGAAAACUGAACGAAUUAUUCGAAAGGAUAACCUUCGCUCGGAGGGCGAAAUGACAUUUGUUGAAAAGGAAGAAUAUCAAUAUGUGGUGCGACCUGACCAAGUAAAACCAUCAGACAAUCUAAAACCGGAAGGAUUAUUCUACAGCCCCGAGAAACCGAAGUACAAACCAGGUGAAAGACCUUCUCAAGUAAGGCCCGAGGACAAUCUCAGACCGGAAGGUGAAUUCUACACACCGGAGAAGCCUGGAUUUAGGCCCGCUGAGAGACCCGUGCAAAAGAGGCCAGAGGACAAUCUGAAACCCGAGGGAGAAUUCUACAGCCCGGAGAAACUGAAGUACAAGCCAGGUGAAAGACCUUCUCAAGUAAGGCCAGAGGACAAUCUUAGACCGGAAGGUGAAUUCUACGCACCGGAGAAGCCAGGAUUUAGGCCUGCUGAGAGACCCGUGCAGAAGAAGCCCCAGGACAACCUUAAGCCCGAAGGCGAAUUUGUAAAGCCUGAGAAACAAGUUUACAAACCUGCCGAGAAAACUGAACGAAUUAUUCGAAAGGAUAAUCUUCGCUCGGAGGGCGAAAUGACGUUUGUUGAAAGGGAAGAAUAUCAAUAUGUGGUGCGACCUGACCAAGUAAAACCGACAGACAAUCUAAAACCAGAAGGGGAAUUCUACAGUCCCGAGAAACCGAAGUACAAGCCAGGUGAAAGACCAUCUCAAGUCAGGCCAGAGGACAAUCUCAGACCAGAGGGUGAGUUCUACACACCUGAGAAGCCAGGAUUCAGGCCAGCUGAGAGACCUGUGCAGAAGAAGCCGGAGGAUAACCUGAAACCCGAGGGAGAAUUCUACAGCCCGGAGAAACCGAAGUACAAGCCAGGUGAAAGACCUUCUCAAGUCAGGCCAGAGGACAAUCUCAGACCAGAGGGUGAGUUCUACACACCUGAGAAGCCAGGAUUCAGGCCAGCUGAGAGACCUGUGCAGAAGAAGCCGGAGGAUAACCUGAAACCCGAGGGAGAAUUCUACAGUCCCGAGAAACCGAAGUACAAGCCAGGUGAAAGACCUUCUCAAGUCAGGCCAGAGGACAAUCUCAGACCAGAGGGUGAGUUCUACACACCUGAGAAGCCAGGAUUCAGGCCAGCUGAGAGACCUGUGCAGAAGAAGCCGGAGGAUAACCUGAAACCCGAGGGGGAAUUCUACAGUCCCGAGAAACCGAAGUACAAGCCAGGGGAAAGACCUUCUCAAGUAAGGCCGGAGGACAAUCUUAGACCAGAAGGUGAGUUCUACACACCGGAGAAGCCAGGAUUUAGACCCGCUGAGAGACCCGUCCAGAAGAAGCCCCAGGACAACCUUAAGCCCGAAGGCGAGUUUGUUAAGCCCGAAAAGCAAGCUUACAAACCUGCCGAGAAAACUGAAAGAAUUAUUCAAAAGGAUAAUCUUCGCUCGGAAGGCGAAAUGACGUUUGUUCAAAGGGAAGAAUAUAAGUAUGUGGUGCGACCUGACCAAGUAAAACCAUCAGACAAUCUGAAACCAGAAGGAGAAUUCUAUAGCCCCGAGAAACCGAAAUACAAGCCAGGUGAAAGACCUUCUCAAGUUAGGCCGGAAGACAAUCUUAGACCAGAGGGUGAGUUCUACACACCGGAGAAGCCAGGAUUCAGGCCUGCUGAGAGACCAGUGCAGAAGAAGCCGGAGGAUAAUCUGAAACCCGAGGGAGAGUUCUACAGUCCUGAGAAAACCAAGUACAAGCCGGGUGAAAGACCUUCUCAAGUAAGGCCAGAGGACAAUCUCAAACCGGAGGGUGAGUUCUACACACCGGAGAAGCCAGGAUUCAGACCCGCUGAGAGACCUGUGCAGAAGAAGCCCCAGGACAACCUUAAGCCAGAAGGCGAGUUUGUUAAGCCCGAAAAGCAAGCUUAUAAACCAUCCGAGAAAACUGAAAGAAUUAUUCAAAAGGAUAAUCUUCGCUCGGAAGGCGAAAUGACGUUUGUUCAAAGGGAAGAAUAUAAAUAUGUGGUGCGACCUGACCAAGUAAAACCAUCCGACAAUUUGAAACCAGAAGGAGAAUUUUACAGUCCUGAGAAACCGAAGUACAAGCCUGGUGAAAGACCUUCCCAAGUUAGGCCGGAGGACAAUCUUAGACCAGAGGGCGAGUUCUACACCCCGGAGAAACCAGGAUUCAGGCCAGCUGAGAGACCAGUUCAAAAAAAACCAGAUGAUAACUUAAGGCCGGAAGGAGACUUUUACAGUCCUGAUAAGCAACCUUACUUGCCCGGGGUACGUCCUUCCCAAGUUCGACCUGAGGAUAAUUUGAGACCAGAAGGAAAUUUCUAUGCCCCAGAAAAGGUGCAAUAUAAGCCUGCCGAUAAGGUGACAAGAGUUAUUCAUAAAGACAAUCUUCGCAGUGAAGGAGAAAUGACUUUUACUGAAAAAACUGAGUACCAGCAUGUUGUAAGACCCACUCCAGUAAAACCAGAAGAUAACUUGAAAACCACUGGUAAGCUUUACGUACCUGAAAAGCCAACUAUUGCAAAUGGUGAACGCCCCGAGCCGGUUCGGCCUAAAGAUAAUCUGAAACCUGAAGGCGUAAUGUACACUCCCGACAAACCGCAAUAUGAACCUGCUUCCCGCCCUGAACAGAAGAAAUAUGCCGAUAACUUAAAACCAGAGGGUAAAAUGCACAUCCCAGAGAAAGAAGGGUACCGGCCGGCAGACAGGGUAAAGACGGUUAUUAGAAAAGACAAUUUAAGAACCGAGGGUGAAAUGACUUUCACCCAAAAGGAGGAAUACCACCAUGUAAAACGUCCAGAGCAAGUAAAACCCAAUGAUAACUUAAAAGUCGAAGGCGAAUUCUAUACACCCAACAAGACUGCCUUUAGGCCCGCUGAACGACCCAUCCAAAAGAAACCUAAGGACAACCUUAAACCGGAGGGUGAAUUCUAUAAGAGGACCGACCGAAGCGAGACCGAUAGCACGACAGUAACAGAAACCAUUAGAAGAGAAACGCCUAAGCGUCCCGUUGACAAUUUGAAGCUAGAAGGUUCUAUGACAGUAACCAGACGAGAUGAUUAUAAAAAUACGGCUAACAAAACCAUUGAUAGAACUCAGCGUACUCAAAAAAUCAACCACAACAGUUCAUCUAUUACAUUAGGAAGUGAUACUACAAUCCGCAAAACAACAAAUCAGAUGAACUAUGUGUCCGGCAAGGACGCCAUCAAACAAGUCGAUUCCAACAGUCAGAACCCAGUGGACGGUCUUAUUGUUGUAUCCACAACGAAGGUAACUACUGUGGUAGGAGGACGUCACAAGAAAGAACCAGAAACCGAGUAUGUCAAGAGACCAGCUAAGAUAAACGUUAUAGAAAAUGUUGCCAAGAAUACAACGACAACAAACAUCGAGAACACUCAAAACAUUCACAAAGAAACCACGUCGAUGCAAAGAAACCACAACUUAGUCCAAAACGCUGCUUUGACUUCCGAAAACAUCGCUUUUGAAUCAAAUCGUAGACAUUUAUCCAAUAAUAUCACUGGCGACGUAAGCGCACGGGUAGUGUCCGGUGAAACUAUCUCUAACACUGUAUCUGGCGAUUCUUCAUCAAAUCGAGUAGUUUCUGGAAGAAAUGUUACCAGCAGCGUAACGGAGGAUUCGACUUCCCGAGUUGUGUCGGGAAGAAACGUAUCUAGCAACAUAAUUGGUGAGUCAACCACUCGUAUGGUUUCUGGAAGAAAUGUUUCCAAUAACAUAACUGGUGAUACCACAAGUCGAGUGCUGUCUGGAAGUACAACAGGGCACAACAUCAGUGACGAUUCCACAUCGAGAGUGGUGUCAGGAGGCAGAAAUUCCAGCAACAACAUUGUAACAGGAAACACAUCCUCGCAUGUGACCACUUCGAAGCACUUCCAUCACCGAAAGAGCGAGUUCUCAUCAGAAGCCGAUGUUUCGAAUACGGUCUUCCAUCGCAAGAACGUAACCAGCGAUUCGAAUGCAGUCAAUGGCAGUCUGACUUCUAACGGAAAGAUGCAGCGAAAGAGCAUACUAAAUCUACACGAACAGCCCUCCAGCACCACCACCCAUGGCGGGGAGCGUCAAAGUUACAGCAGCAUCCAUCGCCAGAAUCGAGACUCUGACGCAAACUCCGCUUUGACGACCGAACGUCGUACAUGCAACGUGCAUAAAGAGAACAGGGAGCACAAUGUCAAGAACUCAUCCUCAUCCUCUAUGUCCCGCAUUAUUUCUGGCGGGGCCACCGGAACUGAACUGAACAGAUCGAAUGUGGAACGGUCAACGGUGACACGCACCCAAGUUUCGGGGGGUGGCAUCGAUUUUCCGUCUCAAUCUCACUCACACUCUGGAAGCCAUGCGACUCGUCAUCGAGGAAGUCAGCAUGUGUCCAGCUUGGGCGGUGGCAUCGAUUUCCCCUCCUACAGUGCUCAUGCUCACGGGCACACCGAGCGUGUGGUAACCCGCCGUGGAAAUCAGUCCUCAAUUAGUCUGGGCAACGACAAGUUUACCGGCUCCAGUUUGUACAAGAGCGAAUACAUUACUGCCCCAAAAACGACGUGUGCUGUGCAUAAGAUAAAACAAGGUGCAUUCCAACAUACCAGGAGUACUCAAGAACACAAGUUCUUCAAGACCUCAAACUAACAAUGCCACCCUACGAGUAUAUAAAUAUCUUUUGCUUUACUAAUAAACAUAUCCCAUAAUAAUAUUAUUAUAAGCUUCCAUGACAAUAUAUGUUUUAUACAAUAUACAAACCAAUCCGAAAUGAAGAUUAACAAUAAAUAAAAAUUUUUGACACGAAGAAGA